UCUUCAAACUUCAAAACUGAUUUGAUCUCUCCUCUUGUCAAUUUCAAAAUUGAGAGAAAUUGGGAAAAGCAGAAACAACUUUUAACUUUUUUGCAUAUGACAUCUCCAAGCACAAGCAACAAUCAUCGAUGCUUAAACCUAAUACCAAAAUGCAAAACCCUAGAAAAUCUCAAACAAAUCCAUGCCCAUUUCCUCACAAUCGGCCUCUCUCACCACACGUUUCCUCUCAGCAAGCUCCUUCUCUUAUCCUCCACCGUCUGCUUAUCCUACGCACUCUCUAUCUUCCGCCGAAUCUCUAACCCUUCCGUCUUCCUCUACAACACUCUCAUCUCCUCCAUCGUCUCCAACCACAAAUCGACUCAAACCCAUCUCGCGUUUUCUCUAUACGCUCAGAUUUCGAAACCCAACGAAUUCACUUAUCCUUCUCUCUUCAAAGCCUCCGGCUUUGACCCUCGGUGGCAUCGCCAUGGACGAGCUCUUCAUGCCCAUGUGUUGAAACUCAUCGAACCGGUUAAUCACGAUCGGUUUGUGCAAGCUGCUCUUGUUGGGUUCUACGCCAAUUGCGGGAAAUUGAGAGCAGCUAGAUCUCUAGACGCAAAAACCAGUUUUGAUUUAAUCAUACGGCCUUCAAUGGCUUCUUCAGCCGCCGCCACCGUCUUCUCCGAUUCUCCUAUUCGAUCUUCACCUCUCCACAACCAUCGUGUUUCCCGUUAUUCCCCUGGAUCCGCCUCCGUCUCUCUCCUUCGCUGGAAAGCUUCUUCCCGCCUCGGUCUCGCCGUGAAAUCGGCUUUAAUCGAGCCCGACGGAGGAAAGCUCAUGAACCUUGUCGUCGAGGAAUCGCGGCGGCGCGCGAUGAAACGCGAGGCGGAGACGGUUCCCGUAAGGAUCAGGCUGGAUCGUGUGGAUCUGGAGUGGGUACACGUGCUCAGCGAAGGCUGGGCAAGCCCGCUCCGUGGUUUCAUGAGACAGUCCGAGUUCCUCCAAACACUUCAUUUCAACUCGAUCCGGCUCGAAGACGGCUCCGUCGUCAACAUGUCGGUCCCGAUCGUGCUCGCCAUCGACGACGAGCAGAAGAUUCGCAUCGGCGAUUCUGACCGAGUCACGCUCGUUGACUCGCUCGGUAACCCGAUCGCCAUUCUCAGCGACAUCGAGAUUUACAAGCACCCAAAAGAAGAACGUAUAGCUAGAACCUGGGGAACAACAGCUCCAGGUCUUCCUUACGCAGAAGAAGCAAUCACCAAAUCAGGAAACUGGUUGAUCGGAGGUGAUUUACAGGUCCUUGAGCCGAUUAAGUACAACGACGGUCUCGACCGGUUCCGUUUAUCUCCGUCUCAGCUCCGUGACGAGUUCACACGGCGCGACGCCGACGCGGUUUUCGCCUUCCAGCUUCGGAACCCGGUGCACAACGGCCACGCGCUUCUCAUGACCGAUACUCGCAGAAGACUUCUUGAGAUGGGUUACAAGAACCCAGUCUUGUUGCUGAAUCCACUUGGCGGAUUCACUAAAGCCGAUGAUGUACCUCUAAGCUGGCGUAUGAGGCAGCACGAAAAGGUGCUUGAGGAUGGUGUUUUGGACCCAGAGACCACUGUGGUCUCCAUCUUCCCAUCUCCAAUGCACUAUGCUGGUCCCACGGAGGUUCAGUGGCACGCCAAAGCUAGGAUCAACGCGGGAGCCAAUUUCUACAUCGUUGGCCGCGAUCCAGCCGGUAUGGGCCAUCCGAUAGAGAAGAGGGAUCUGUAUGACGCUGAUCACGGGAAGAAAGUACUUAGCAUGGCACCGGGACUCGAACGGCUCAACAUUCUUCCCUUUAAGGUGGCUGCAUAUGAUAAAACUCAGGGGAAAAUGGCAUUCUUUGAUCCUUCUAGGUCUCAGGACUUCCUCUUCAUAUCAGGAACCAAGAUGCGUGCCUUGGCGAAGAAGAAAGAGAACCCACCAGAUGGUUUUAUGUGUCCUUCUGGAUGGGAAGUGUUGGUUGAUUACUACGACAGUAUCAACGCCGAGUCUGGUAAUGGAAGGGUUUCAGAAGCUGUCGUUUCUGCAUAA